AUGGGUUCUCCUGCCGAUUCUUCGCAGUCUAAGAGGCCGCUGGAGGGGGAUACUAUCUUUGUCAAGCAUCCGAGAGUCGAUCCUCCGACUCAGCCUGCGACUCCUCAAGAGAUUGGCCCGCAAGACCCGGUGCAGGAAACAUUACCUUCGACCGAGAUCCCGAACUCACCUAUCGAUCCAAACGAAUCUUUCAGUACUCAAGUCAACGAAGAACGACCACAGCUCACAGUCAUUCCCUCGUCUCUUACACCUCCUCCUUCUACCCAGGUUAACAACAGUCAACAUGCAAGCCAACCUGGUCCCUCUAAACGAAAGUUCUCUGCUUCCCAGCAGUCGACGCUAUGCUCUCCGCCAGCUACUAUCCAGAACAUCAUACGCGACCGCGCUAAAACAUCAGGCUUUCUCCCACCCGCCCCUCACCAGGUCCUCGAAGCAUCCGCAGACGAACUCCGUGUCAUGGUCCAGAGUGCUCUUGCAGAACAGCAAAAGCUCAAGACGGAAGCAGCCCAUUUUAAGUUGCAGUACAACCUUAUGGCUCUCCAAGCCGACGACGACAGCAAGCGUGCCGCUGUGGAACACGAGAUGAUGCGUCGCGAGGUAGACGCGCUACGCAACGCAGAGCACACACGACAGGCAAAGAAGGAACUCGAUUCGGCGUCCGAAUCACUGCAGGCAAAGUAUCUGCAGAUGAAGUCAUGGUACGAAGGCUCGCUACAGGAAAAGGAAGUCCUCCAGCGUCGCUUAAAGACUGCUAAGAAGGUCAUCAAGCAGAGGGAGGAUGAGUACAACUCUCUUGCGGAGGAGCGGGACAUGUUGUUGAACAGGAUCAGGGAGAACAGAGAGCACAUGCAGAUGCUCUGCAGUCCAGGAGGUAUAUUUCACGCCCUAGCACCCAAACAGAGAGGCGUUGUUGUUCCGAGCUCACAGGGACAGCGUGGCUCUCAGCAGCAGGCAUACAGAACACAGGUACGCGAUAGGCAGGGCGAGCAUGGGCAUGGUCUGUCGGCAUUGUUGCAGGCUAUGAGCCAGGAUAACAACAGCGCGCCUUCAACACCACUGCAUCCUCACCGUCCCACGCCACGACAUGUCGGAAAGCAUAGUCGGAAUGCUCAGUCUAUGUCGUCUUUGCCUACGACACCAAACAAUCGACCCAUUGGAACGCAUGUUGGACUUUUACCAUCUGUCGACCUGGUACCGCAAACGGAGCCUCAACGAUAUACGCAGCGACAGUUUAUUCCUACCACGCCAAAGUCGGAGCGUCAUCGACGUAGGAGUCGGGAGAGCACUAUUUCGGUGGACGAUAACGAGGAGCUGGCUAGACAGGCUCUCGAGUCUGUUGCUGCAGCUCAGUCAUUUACAUCACAGGCAUCACAUUCACGGAACCGCAGCAGUCAAGGGGAGGUCCAUGAUAGUCAGGCCAGCCAAGCAGCUGCACAGAUGUUACGACGAGAUCCACGACAGAGCUUCGAAGUAGCCGAGGCUCGCAGGGCAACAAAUACACCAGGUGCAAUGGAGAAGUCGGUUCGCAUGCAGGAGAAGCUAUUAUCCCAUCGCAACGGAGACACAGACGGAGAUAAGCGCAAGUUUAGCGGUUACUAUGCCUCAAGUGAGGAGACGCGACGAGACCAGGAGAGUCCGGCGAAGAAGUCGAGAGUUGUUGAGCCUUUGACUGAUAGUCAGAAGACACUGGGGUUGGGGAUUCAGUACAGAGAGUAG